UCUGUCUGCAUCAUGGGGUAGCUAACGUUCGUUCAUUACGCAGUUUGUACAUGAAUCUUGAAACCAACAAUCUCAGUCAAUUGUACGCAUGAGUGAAAGGGAUCUGCUGCCAACAUAGAUACAUGUGCUCAUCAAAGUACCGUGACCAGAAUCUACGUCACCAAUACACCAUGCAAGCAGGUUCCAAUACCCAAGCGAAGCAUAGCAUACAUCCAAAAGUAAACACGUACGUAGGUAUUCUCUGCAUCCCCAUCCUGCAACACGUACCAUCUCCACCAGCACCUCCAAUCUCCACCCCAAAAAUGCAUUCACACAUGCAGGAACGCGUACCUCACCCCUUCCCUAACCGCCCCAAAAUCAGCGCCUUAGCCCCCAGUCAACCAUCUCUGACAUUCCAGAACCCCAAAGCCCUCUACAUCCCCCAUCCCUCUCCAAAACCAAGCCCCAGGAACACUUUUUUUUCGGUCUCGUUUCACCAUACGAAAAAAAGGUACAUACUCCCCGCAUCCGACAGACCAGCCAAUAACAAAAGGAUGGCGGUUCCGUGCCCGAUGCUAUGUGUGCGGGGGGAGGUGCUAGCGGGAGAGCUGGGAAAGGGAAAGGGCAAGAUACAUAAUACGAUGGGAAUACGAGCAAGGGGGAGCAAGACAUGUUUGUUAGCGCAAGUUUUUUAGCAAUCCUAUCACGGAGUUGCCGAUGGGCAAGGAGGGUGGGUGC